CUUAACAGCUCCCCAGCUCAGGCUUUAUCAUUACAGUGAUGAGAAACUUGUACUCUGCUCCGGCCAGCCAACAAUCUUUGAGAAAUUGCAGCUGCUGGCUGACUAUGGCUUUCUCACUGAACAACUGGAAGCUUCACUAGAGGAGGAUCAACAGUCGCAAACAAACUGACCACGGCAUAUACAGUGGCUCCAUUUACAACUUGUUGGCAGCACGUACGGUCAUCAUUAAAAUGGCUGAUAAAGUAAACUCGUUGCCAUUCUUCUAUGGCAACAUAACCCGGGAAGAGUCGGAGGAGUACCUGCGGCAGGCCGGCAUGGUUAAUGGCUCAUACCUGCUACGGCAAAGCCGAAACUAUUUGGGGGGCUUUGCUCUGUCAGUGUCCUAUACACGGCAGUGCUACCACUACACCAUUGAGAGGGAGCCCAAUUACACAUAUGCCAUUGCUGGAGGCAAGAGCCACAAGAAUCCUGUGGAUCUGAUCGACUACCACUCGCAGGAGAUGGACGGUCUUGUGUGCCUGCUGAAGAAGCCCUGCAACAGGCCCAAGAACAUGCAGCCGAAGGUGGGGCCGUUUGAGGACCUGAAGGAGAAGCUCAUCCGGGACUAUGUAAAGCAGACUUGGAACCUGCAGGGGGCAGCUCUGGAACAGGCCAUCAUCAGCCAGAGACCCCAGCUGGAGAAGCUCAUUGCAACCACCGCCCAUGAAAAAAUGCCCUGGUUCCAUGGCACCAUAACCCGAGAGGAAGCUGAGCCAAGGCUUCAAAAUGGCACCCGCACUAAUGGAAAAUUUCUACUACGACAGAGGGAUGUGAGCGGAUCCUUCGCUCUAUGUUUGCUUCAUGAAGGACUCGUCAAUCACUACCGCAUUGAUAAGGACAAGGCUGGCAAGCUCUCUAUACCGGAUGGCAAGAAGUUUGACACCUUGUGGCAGCUGGUGGAGCACUAUUCAUACAAACCAGAUGGCUUGCUCCGAGUGCUAACCGAGCCCUGUGCGCGACCUGAGGGAGAAAGCGCAACUAUUGGACGGCCACCCUUACCACGGGAUCACCCUAGACAAGGUGCAACAGGUGGAUUUUUCUCCAGACUCAGAAACUACUCUGUACCCAUACCUGGCCGGAAAAAGGACUUGGGAAGAUCUCAACACAACCAAUCAUCAAACAGUCUCAAUCCUUAUGAAAGCAGGGUGCCAAAUAACCAAGCAGCCAGCAAAGAGGCCAUGCCUAUGGACACAGAGGUGUAUGAGAGUCCCUAUGCAGACCCAGAUGAACUGAGGACUUCCGCCGUGGACCGCAGUCAUCUUUUCCUGGAGGAUGGAGAAUUGGGCUCCGGGAACUUUGGCACAGUCAUAAAGGGCAUCUACAAAAUGAGGAAGACAGAGAAGCCAGUUGCAGUCAAGAUCCUGAAGAACAAUGAUAACAACCCAGGGAUGCGGGAGGAGAUGCUGCGGGAGGCCAAUGUCAUGCAGCAACUGGACAACCCUUACAUUGUCCGCAUGAUUGGUAUCUGUGAAGCUGAGAACCUCAUGCUGGUCAUGGAGCUGGCUGAACUGGGGCCGCUCAACAAGUUCCUGCAGAAGAAUAAGCACAUAACCGUCAAGAACAUAACAGAGCUGGUCCACCAGGUGUCUAUGGGCAUGAAGUACCUGGAGGAGCAUAACUUUGUCCACAGAGACCUCGCUGCCAGGAAUGUGCUACUGGUGACCCAGCACUAUGCCAAAAUCAGCGACUUUGGCCUUUCUAAAGCUCUUGCUGAGGAGGAAAACUACUACAAGGCCAAGGGUCAUGGGAAGUGGCCAGUGAAAUGGUACGCUCCAGAGUGUAUGAACUACUUCAAAUUCUCAUGUAAAAGUGAUGUGUGGAGCUUCGGGGUGCUGAUGUGGGAAGCAUACUCCUACGGGCAAAAACCAUACAAGGGCAUGAAAGGAAAUGAUGUCAUGCAGAUGAUUGAAAGUGACCAGCGCAUGGACGCUCCUGCCAACUGUCCAUCAGAGAUGUAUGAAAUCAUGAGGAAGUGCUGGACAUACAAGGCAGAUGAAAGACCUGGAUUUAAAGUUGUUGAGCCACGACUAAGGGAGUAUUACUAUGACAUUGCACAGUGAUGUUUCAUUUGGAAGUUAUACGACACAAACUAUGCAAAAUGUUGGUUAGCACUGCAUAACUACAAAAAAUGUAUUCAAAUCAUGUAUUAAAAAUUGAAAAUGAUUAUAAAUUGAAUGCAAUUAUGACAUACCGAUUUGCACUGGAGGAUUUGUUAUAGACCAUGAUUAAUUAAAUGCAGCAUUUUAUUACUUAACCUUCCUGUACUUUUUUUUGCACUCACCUGUGUUGGUAUUCUUACUUGUACAGUAUCACUGGUGAUAUCCAAUGUGUUAUGUAAUUGCUGUUAAUUGCAGAUUUGGAUAAAUUCAGCAUGAAGUAUUGUCCUUCUAUUGGCAUCAGCAGUAGUAUACAAAAACCAAAGAUUUAUCACACAUACCACAGUACACAGUACAUGUGAGUGUACACUGUAUCAUUGUAUAUAAUCUUGUCAACCAAGCAGUUUGCCAAACUAAACAGAAAUAACCUUAUGUCAAAGUAUUUGUGUUGAUCUGGGGUUUGGGAAUUCUGCGGUACUGGCAUGUUGAAGAUAGAAAAAAACUGAAAAUUCCUCUGCAUGGCUAAAAGUAAAUAUUAUUUUGCUUAUGCUCUGUUUAAUAUGCAAUCAUGAGUGAAAACAGAAAAUUCAAACAUAUUCAGCAACAAAAUAAUUAAUAGAUAAGAGUCCAGUGUUGUCAGUAAAGAAAGGUCAAAUAAUGCAGACAUUCAUUUGGGAAACGGGCAUAUACAUGCAUGUAUACAUGCCAAAAAUAAUUUGGUACGGGCUCAAACCAUAGAACUUGAAUGGAGUAGAAUGGUCAUGGCACUGUUUGCUGCGGUCAUUUGGCUGGUACAGAAUAUAAUAGCGAAUGUGGCUGGUUACUGCAGUGAUAAUGCAUGUCAGUUGUGCCAUAAAGUGUGUCUCACUAGCUUGAGAACUGAUAUGUUGUACUGUGGCUGUUUGCUAAAAGCAAUAAUCAGUGUUAAUAGUUACCAGCAGAGCAUCUCUGUAAGUUAGUUCUUAGCAAUGGCAAUGUACAAAAAUGGCUGCCAUUCCAGCCAUCCUACUGUGUUGACUGGAAAGUCUGUUCCACACCAUUCAAAUUCUGAGGUUCAAACUCUGUGAUGUAUGUUUUUUGUAAUUGGAUCUACCAUGAAAUUGUUAAUUGUUGCAAAGUGAUGGGUAUGCAUGUUUUCAAACUUUUUAUAUACUGUAGAUGCAAGGACUUUAAGAUGGUGUUAUUGGUCUGUGUGUGUGACUCUGACAUAAUGCCCAUAUACCAGUUUGUAUCAAUAAACCGAAACAUGACCAUGUUAUAUGUUGAAAGUCUGUGAGGUUCAAAAUGGUGCAGUGCACCAUGGGCUGAUUGGGAGAUUAAUUGUGUUUUUUUUUUUUUUUUUUUUUAAUUCAAUUGUUAAGUUCAAACAAAAGUAUAAAGGAACAAACAGAGAAAUUGAAAUGGGCAGAAUCAGCAUUGCAUAGGGAAUUGAAUAUGAAUGUGAUUUGAUGUCGAUGAAGAAAGUGAAGAAAUGAGGGAACAGUCCCACAGGACUGAAUGGCUUUAAGACAUGUAAUGCUCAAUAGAUGUAUAUGAGUUGUUCUAAUAUUCACUUAUGACUAAAAGGAAAUUAGCAGAGACAAGACAUGGACUAACACCUUCCCAAACCUGCUUGUGAAUAAAAUGCCAAUUUCUGGGUGUUAACAAUGGAAUUGUUUUAUGGGGUAGAGUGCUGUGAUUUUUGUUUUUUUUUAUUUAUGUGUGUAGCAAUGUGUUAUUUUUAUAAUGGCUACUUAAUCUAUUAUUGCAGUUCAACAUUAAAGGCUAUUUAUAGUGUAACGACUAUGGCUGUGACUUGUGAUAACUGUUGUUGAGAGCUGAUUUACCUUGAAUUUUGACUCAUUAUUUUCAGUACAGUAAUGCCAAUAGGGUAUCUGAAAUAAAAAUC